GUUGCUAACAAGCACUAAAACGCGAGCAGACCUUGAAGGCACCACGGAACCAGCUCCCAACCAGCAGGGGGCGUCAACGAGCCACAGGACGACCUCCGCCGAGGAAGCUCAAAACAGCUUCGCCAAGGAGAACAAUGGUAGUCGUCAAUUCGGUGCUCAAGCUGGUACAGAGGCAGACGUACACUUGUCUGUCCCACCGAUAUGGACUCUACCUCUGCUUUGGGGGGAUCGUCCUCAUGAUAGUUUCCGCCUUUCAGUUUGGAGAGGUGGUGGUGGAGUGGAGUCGGGACCAGUAUCACGUGCUGUUUGACUCCUAUAGAGACAAUGUGGGUGGAAAAUCUUUCCAACGCAGGCUCUGUUUGCCCAUGCCUAUUGAUGUGGUGUACACAUGGGUGAAUGGCACAGACACGGCUCUGCUGAAGGAACUGAAGGCGGUCAAAGAGCAACUGCAGGAAGAACAACAAGCUCUGAGGGAACGCCUGGGGAAAAAUGCAAGUGAGGCUACUGAAGCGCCAAAAGACAGUGUUAAACCAGAAUGCCUGCUGUCCCACUGCAUCAUAGCACCCAUGGUGGCCCUGGAUCCGGCACUGCCAGCAAAAGACCUGCCGUCCCUCUUCCCCUCCCUCUCGGCAGCCAAAGAGCUGCUACAGAUGAACAAACCCUUCCACUCGUCCACCAGCGUCACUGUGGUUGUCUUCCAUUUGCAGGCUGACGCCGAUAAAGCCUUAACUGACAUGUCUAGAGAAGAGAAGUUCUCUGUGUCCAGAUGUUACCUGACAACAGAUAAAGAGGCUCCGGGUCUGAUCCGCAUGCAGUCUCUGGCCUAUCUGAGUGGCUUCCCAGGCUCCUUCAAGGAGACAGAACAGCUGAGAGCUAAACUGCCCUCUGCCAUAAUCAACAAGAUCAACCAGUUUGAGUUGUACUCAGAGGCCAGCAUCGCCCUACUCCACCUGAAAACCCCACAGGACUUCACUGACCUAGUGCAGCAGGCUAAAAAGAACUUGACUUUGGAUGGAAAAGAGCUAACUGUCAACCCUGGCUAUUUGUUCUGGGAUCUGACUGCCAUCUCGCAGUCCAAACAGGAUGAAGAUGUUUCAGCCAGCAGAUUUGAGGACAAUGAGGAGCUCCGCUACUCACUGCGCUCAGUGGAGAAACACGCUCCCUGGGUGCGCCACAUCUUUAUUGUCACCAAUGGGCAGAUUCCCUCCUGGCUCAACCUGGAUAACCCCAGAGUUACCGUUGUCACACAUCAGGAUAUCUUCCUGAACCACAGUCACCUCCCCACCUUCAGCUCCCCUGCUAUUGAGACCCACAUCCACCACAUCCCAGGGCUCUCCCAGAGGUUUAUUUACCUCAAUGAUGAUGUGAUGUUUGGCAAAGACGUCUGGCCAGACGACUUCUACAGCCACUCUAAAGGGCAGAAGGUGUAUCUCACCUGGCCUGUUCCCAACUGUGCUGAGGGCUGUCCAGGAUCCUGGAUCAAAGAUGGGUACUGUGACAAAGCUUGCAACAACUCUGCUUGUGACUGGGAUGGAGGAGACUGCCUAGGUGCAGCUGGGAACAGUCGGUUCGCUGCAGCGGUUGGUGGUGUUAUGCCUGGUGGAGCUGGUGGACAGGUGUGGCAAUUUGCAGUUGGUAUGGGUGUAACACCCUGUAAUGUAGGCUGUGCCAACUCCUGGCUGGCAGAUAAGUUCUGUGACCAAGUCUGCAAUGUACUUUCAUGUGGCUUUGAUGUGGGCGACUGUGGCCAAGAGCAUUUUGGUGAGCUGCACUGUGUCACCUUGUUGAGGAACCACACCCUGUACACCCUCCCGGUGGGGGAGGUCAGGCCAUAUUUCAGCUUCGAAGGACUGGCUCGCAGAGUCUCUGCGGCCCACGUCAGCGACAACCAGGUGAUUCGCCACACCUCAGUCGCCAACAAGUGGAAAACCAUUCACCUGCUGCUUUAUCCCGGCCACAAUGCCACCCAGAUCCAGUACAACCUCACUUUACAGAGAGAAGACGACACAGAGUUCACAAUGAGUUUCUCUGUAGCUGUCGACACUCGUGAGGUUCCUCACACUAACCUUUCUCAGACUGUGAGCAAAGACGCUGGCAAGGAGCCGAAGGCAACCCCGACCCAAGAGCCUGUAUUCCCUUUUUCAGAUAUUCCUGAAGACAAACGGGGUCCUAAGAUCCAGAAGAGGCAGCCUGGUGAACCUCAGGUUGUCAUAGAGGUUCCUUCACUGAACAUGUCACUUUUACCAGCUACUGUACGCAAUGAGCUUGAGAAACUGGAGGAGAAGCUUCUGAUUGGCGACAUUACUAUGAAGGGUUAUAACCUCACUAAGGCCAAACUUCUAAAAACUUACAAGACACAGUUUCAGCAGCAGCAGGUUCUUGAUUCACAGCCAGGUAAUGAUGGUACAGCCAAGAUCUGGGGGAAGCCUUAUAAAGACCUGGAGGGAGAGCAGCUGGAAGGACAACCACCUGUGGAGGCGACAGCUGGAGGUAUCAUUCAGAAAAAUCUGAAUUUGAAAGAUAUUUCCAGGAAAGACAUGGCUGUGCAAGACAAACCUCUCUCUCCUCUUAUUCCACUUCAUAUUGAUGAUAAGCAAAAGAAAGACUUUGUGGGGCCAAAACCUUACCCUUUCAAUGCUGCUAUCGAGAGGCCUAUGAUUUCCAAACUGCUAAACAGCAUUUCCAAUAUCAGGAGCGCUGAGAGUCGGACAGAGCUGUCCAGUGCUCCAGAGGGAGCUCCAGAGGGAGCUCCAGUGGGGCGAAAACUCCAACAUUUCACCUCCUCUGAUAGAGGCUUCCUGCCAUGGGAGAGGAGGAAGUACUUUCAGUACCUACUUGAGGAAGAGGAGCGUCUGCAGAAAGAGCUGAUGUAUGAGACUGAUGGCGCUGCUACUGGGCGACGGCUGCAGGACACUUUUGCUGACUCGCUGCGUUAUGUCAACAAGCUGCUCAACAGCCAGUUUGGCUUCACAUCCCGCAAAGUCCCCGCCCACAUGCCACACAUGAUUGACCGUCUCAUUAUGCAGGAGCUGCAGGACAUAUUCCCAGAGGAGUUUGACAAAACAUCAGCCCAUCGUGUGCGUCACCCAGAGGACAUGCAAUUCGCCUUUUCAUACUUCUACUUCUUGAUGAGCGCUCAGCAGCAGCUCAACAUCUCCAAGGUGUUUGAUGAGGUUGAUACUGAUCAUUCGGGCGUUCUGUCUGACCGUGAAAUUCGAACGCUUGCCACAAGGAUCCACGAGCUGCCACUCAGCCUCCAGGACCUGACAGGUCUGGAGCAGAUGUUGAUAAACUGUUCUAAGACGCUUCCCACUAAUCUGACCCUGCUCCACCUGGUGAGCCCCACUCAGGAGGCAUACUAUGACCCCAGCAUGCCUCCUGUCACAAAAGGCCUUGUCCUCUACUGCAAGCCCAUCACACAACGCAUCCACAAAGCCUUCAAAGACCAGAACAAGUACAAGUUUGAGAUCAUGGGAGAAGAAGAGAUCGCUUUCAAGAUGGUGCGGACCAAUGUGUCCCAUGUGGUCGGCCAGUUAGAUGACAUUAGGAAGAAUCCAAGGAAAUUCAUCUGUCUGAAUGAUAACAUCGACCACAGCCAUAAGGACGCUGCUACAGUGAAAGCUGUGCUGAGAGACUUCUACGAGUCCAUGUUCCCCCUGCCAUCCCAGUUUGAGCUGCCCAGAGAGUAUCGCAACAGGUUCCUGCAUAUGGAAGAGCUCCAGGAAUGGAGGGUGUAUCGGGACAAGCUGAAGUUCUGGACGCACUGUGUUCUUGUGACACUCAUCAUCUUCACCAUCAUAUCCUUCUUUGCUGAACAGCUGAUUCAGCUAAAGCGAAAGCUGUUCCCCCGGCGCAGGGUAUACAGGGACAGCAACUCUGAGCGGGUGUGAAAGAGGAAGACUACCCCCUCUCUUCUCCAUUCUGCACCUCAGCCUCCACCCCUCCUCGCCUGCUCUGUAGAGACAAUGGGAGAGAAUCCAGUCCAGGGGACUGGGUGGAAACAGAAAUCUGAAGGUCCUCAGUGUGUGUGUUGCAUCAGCACCCAUGGGGAAUAGAGAAAUGAAGUGAGAUGGUGAUGAAACAUUUUUUUUUAGAAGAUGACAAAUGGGGCUGCCUGCUGAAGGGAAUCAGAGCCAGAAAGAGGAAGCCUAUGAAUCUUCAUUUCCCCCACUGGGUGGCAUCUGAGACUUCUCACCCAACACAUAAACAAAAACUAACCACCCCUCUCAUGUCCUCUUCAGGUCACUGCCUGAUAGGUUGUUGAAAUGUGAAACACAGCAUAUCAGGGGUCAUGGUGUUUGUGUGCAGCAAGAAAGUUUCACCAUAAAAUCCAUAGGGUGUUUAGAUUAAAGAUGAAAGAUUAGUCGGUUAAUCAACAGCAACCAAUCUACAACUAUUUUGAAAAUUGAUUCAAGUUUCUUUUUAAGCAAAUAUCCCAAACAUUUUCUGAUAUUAACUUCUUAAAUAUUCAUAUUUGCUUUUAAUUGAACGUCUUAAAGCUUCGAACAGUUGAUUGAACAAAACAAAAUGUUUGAAGGUGUUACCUUGGGGUCUGGGAAGUUUUCACAAUUUUUAGACAUUUUCUAGCCAAAUGAUUAAUUGAGAAAAUUGUCGACAGACUUGUUGAUAAUGAGGAAAAAUAGUUUCUUGUGGUUGCGUUUUUUUUUUACUGCUUGUGGUUAAUUUUAAAGCGAUGGAAGAGAAAAGUAUGCAAAUUAUGAAGAGAAUUCAUUUAGUUGUUGCCAUUAUAUCUUCCUUGUCUUUAAGAACAUCAAAACUUGAAGUGCCUUCGUUGUUCAUUCCUGUUCAAGCAUUUGUUUUUUUUUUUUAAAUGUCUUAUGCGUGUUGGCCAAUACAUGAUGAAUGGGAUAUAGAACAAUAUGAGUAUCUUUCUUGAUGUGGUACAGAUGUAAUUGUUGGAAUUGAUACUACAGCUUUCAUAGCAGUCUCUAUGUGUGUCCCUGUGGGACUCAGCAGGCUUGCUACUGUCUGAAAUUCAGACCCCCUCAGCAUGUCCUGUAACUUAUUUUGAUUGUAUUGUAACUGUCAGUCCAGUCAGGACACAUCUGAUUUGAAUGCUGCAGAAUGUAAAUAUAGUCUCAUAAAAGGCUUGUCAGUUGAAUGUCAGCUUUACAAAGUUCUUCAUUGUAAUGACAAAUAUGGAAGUGACUAGUAGACACUGUCAGCAUUUUGCUGCUGCUCUUUAAGUCAUAUGAUGUGUGAUGUCAGCAGGCAAAGUAGUCAAGAAAAUGAGUAACAUAUUUUAAAAUCAGUGUUUCCUCAGAUUGCAUCAGUUCAACGAUUCCUCUGCCUGAAAUA